ACCAAUAGCAACGGCCCAAUUUUUCUUGGGCUUCGUAAAAUUACCUAGGGCCCACCAUAUAGGGAACUGGGGUACCGUUUCGGACUGGACCCACGCCAGAGCCCAUCACAAGACAGUGACAUUGUUGCUUCAGGAAGACUUAGCCAGAUGCCUCCAAAUCCAUUAUUGUAAUACUGCAGAAGCCAACAAAUUUCUUUUCUCGGAAAAGCAAUGCACAAUUUUCAAUUGGUUCAAGAGAUUAAUACGCUUAUGGAAUUCUGCGCCGUUCCGAACCAAGACUUCAAUUCGGUUGGCUUGGAAGUAUGAAUUUGCACGUGGUUAUGGUGGCUAUACUUAUAAUUUUGAGAUAACAUUGUCCAAAUGA